GAAUUACCAAUGUUAAGCAGCGAUGAUCCUGUUUUUUCUUCGCUGUUAAGAAAAAAAACAUAUGAUGAACUGAAGCAUUGGCAUACAGGUCGGCCACUUAGUGACGAUUAUGACAGGACAAAGAAUGAGCAACGUGAUGUUCUGAAAGACAAAAAGGCAUUAAAACAAUACCAAAAACUCCAGCUACAUAAUUAUCGAUAUGGGCAGACGUUAGGGGUGAAAACAUCAACAAAAAUAGCAGUAAAAGAUGAUCAACCGGAUGAGAAAAAGUAUGUUCAUAAAGCUUCUGCUAAGAAAAAACCACCUCAGGUG